AGUUUGAUGGAAUCGAUACCCACGAAAACUCCACCAGCUGCCAUCCCUGUUCACCACACCCGUGCUACUUCAGCAGCCGUUCUGCUUCAUCAUGUGAUUUUUCACCUGCCUCCUUAUUCCGUCAUCACCGCCAUAAACCCCACCAAAAGGUCAGGAGUUUCCUCAUCGUUAUUGCCAAAAUGGGGGAGAGAACGAGCCGUAGCAGGAACUCAAAAGACGCAUUUUCUCCCCUUUCUCCCUCUGAUCGUAAAACUAUCAUUUCUGCUUCUUGCUUGUCGCUCAAAUCUGUGUUAUUGCACGAUUGGUGGCUGGUUAAGGCGGAAGACAAGGGGAUUGCUGUUGCUGGGUUUGCUUCAAGGGACAAAGGAGGACCAAGAGCCUUUACCUCUGCACCAAUAUGCAGGAGAAUUGAUGCCACCACUCUAGAGACCUCAGAUGGCAUCACAAUUCAAAUCAGUGGCUUCAUAAAUAGGUCUCAAACACAUCAAAAUGGCUUCCCAUUUAUGGUUUGCAAUAGUUUCCUGCUUGGCUUUCCAUAUCGCUGGAAAGAGUGUGUUAGUCAAUGCUGUGGUGAAGAAUCUUCUAAAAGUUCAGGCACUGAUGCAAGUACUUUCUUACCAUUGACUUUGGAUAAUCUUCCAGCAACAACGCUACGCGAUCAUGUUAUGUGCUUUCCUGAAGAUUCUGAAAAUUUUAUUUGUGAUAUCUUGGGAAAACUCAGGGACAAUGCAUUCCAAUAUGCUUCAGUGGCAGGCAAUUCAAACUUGGCAAAUGAAUGUCCAAACUCUGAAAUCGAAGAAACUUUGAGGAAUCAUAAGAAGGUGAAGACUGAUCAGAUGCACAUAGAUGAUGAUGACAGAAUCUUGGAAGCAAGAGAUGUAGUAACCAAAGUUAACCAAAGUAAAGGUGUUGUCACAAGAAGUAUGUCGAGAUCAAGGAAUCUUAGAAGCAACAUUGAGGGUGAAACUAGUGCUCAGCUUUCAACAUCAGCAGCCAAAAAGAACGAAUCAGCAGGAGUUGUAUGUGCACUGCAUGCGAGUUCCACACAAGUAUUACCUUGACAGGAUGAGAAAGUUGCUGAAGUUCCUGAUACAUCUACAAUCAGAAGGUCUGGUAGGCUGAAGAACCAUAUGCUGGUAUGGAUAAUUGAUUGCCAAAAACUCAAAAAUAGCAAAGUCUACCAGUUCUAAUGGAUUUUUUUUCAUGUAAAAGUCUAAUGCUAGUAUCAAUAUUAUGUAUGACAACCAAAAUACUUGAAUUCUAUAACAUUGGUACAUUACUUUGGUCA